AUGCCUUCGAAAGAGCUGCGACUAUCAGACAAGGCAGCCCUUCCUUUCAAGACAACCAACAAGGCCAGACGGCAACAAUUACACAUCAAGCAAAAACAGGCGAGAGAUGUGCUGAGGCGAGCAGACAGAUUUGCCAGGAAGAAGGAAGAGGCCAAGAACCCCAAGUUAAGAGAGCAGCGCCUGCGUGAGAAUGUCCCACAGACGUUAGAGUCCAAGAGAAAAUGGGACGACGUUCAGGAUGAGCCCGAAGAUGGAGGUCUCGGCGUCGCUUUCAACGUUGAGAGACUGAAGAGGCGGAAGCUCGCGGAGGAACAAGACCUGGCUGGAGAUGACGAAGACCUCUCGUCGCAUGGCGAUGCCGAAGAGAGUGACCGUGACAGCAUGCUGGACGAGGAUGAAGACAUGGGUACUCAUAGCGAAGCAGACGACGAGGUCGACGAUCUAGAACCACCCGAGGAUCCUGACGCUGAGAAUGCUCUACCAACCAAGUCUCAAUUACGUUCAGCGACUGCAAAGAUCCGGCAAAGAGCUUCAUCCCCUCCAGCGCGGUCGACUACCUCCACGAAUUUAUCUUUAGCGCCUGCUGCCCUCAGUAAAAAGUUCCCUACUCUAUUCCUUCCUCCAGACGAAAAGCCUCCGAUGCCGAAAAUACUGGUUACCACCUCAAUAAACUCUACCCUCCACCACGAAGCAGAAGUCCUCGUCAACCUGUUACCAAAUUCCAAGUACGUCCGUCGAUCAUCUCACAGAUACGGCCAUAAAUUCAGUGUAAGGGAAAUUGCUGCCUUCGCGGCCAAGAGAGAAUACACUACUCUUGCUGUAUUGGAAGAGGACAUGAAGAAGCCUUCUGGUCUUGUCGUUGUGCAUUUACCCGUAGGCCCAACCUUUCACUUCACGAUUACAAAUUGGUACGAGGGAAAAGCAAUUCCAGGUCAUGGUAGACCUACAAGUCAUAUACCUGAGCUCAUCUUGAACAAUUUUACAACUCCUCUUGGCUUGCUCACUGCCCAUCUGUUCAGGUCUAUGUAUCCAUCGACCCCGGAACUACAAGGUCGGCAAGUAGUUACUUUGCACAACCAGCGCGAUUUCAUCUUUCUGAGGAAGCACAGAUACGUUUUUCGCGAGAAAAGAGAGAUGGAGAAGUCUGUUGUUGGUGCAGACGGUAAAGAGAUGAAGGGCGCAGAAGGCAUUCGAGCUGGUCUUCAAGAAUUGGGUCCUCGACUCACACUCAAACUCAGACGUGUUGAUAAAGGUAUUCAACGUGCCAGUGGGCAAGAAUGGGAAUGGAGAGGCAAGACGGAUCGUGUACGAACUAAAUUCCAGCUCUAG